CAGCCAAGCUACGCACAAAAACGAAUCUUCCUCUUUUGCCGACCAAGCCAAGUAACUCGAUCUUCCUCUCUCUAAAAAUCCUCUCACUUUCUCUCUCUAAAAAAUCCUAAUCUGCGUGCUUUUGAAACCCUAGUUCUCUUCCUCUUACUUUGUUUCGAUCAGUGAUAUUUUUUAUCUUCCACUAUGGCUUCCGGAUCGUCGGGUCGGAACAACAAUUCGGGUUCGAAGGGGUUCGAUUUCGUGACCGAUGACAUUCUUUGCUCGUACGAAGAUUAUGGGAAUCAGGAGAGUUCUAAUGGAAGCCACUCAGAGCCUGUGAUCGGGAUCAAUUCUACUAAGGUAUUAUACUCGGAUACUCUAUCUCGUUUGGGUGAUUUGAGGCAGUUUCCAUUUUUACUUCACGAAUUUCAGAUUUUAGGGUGGUUUGAGGCAUUGGGUUUGUACUUUGGGGUUGGAAUGAAGUACAAUGGCAUUUGGUGUUGCUGGGAAGAGGAAUAG